AUGGUCAACUCCUGCUGUGGCUCUAGCUGCUGUGGCUCCAGCAGCUGCUGCCCCUCCUGCUGCAGCCCCUGCUGCUGCCGCCCCAGCUGUUGCAUCUCUAGCUGCUGCCGCCCCUCCUGCUGUGGAUCCGGCUGCUGUGGUUCCAGCUGCUGCCGCCCCAGCUGCUGCAUCUCUAGCUGCUGCCGCCCCAGCUGCUGUGGUUCCAGCUGCUGCCAACCCAGCUGCUGCCGUCCCAGCUGCUGUAUCUCCAGCUGCUGCCGCCCUUCCUGCUGUGGACCCAGCUGCUGUGGUUCCAGCUGCUGCCGCCCCAGCUGCUGCAUCUCCAGCUGCUGCCGCCCUUCCUGCUGUGGUUCCAGCUGCUGCCGCCCUUCCUGCUGUAGUCCCAGCUGCUGUGGUUCCAGCUGCUGCCGCCCCAGCUGCUGUAUCUCUAGUUGCUGCCACCCCUCUUGCUGUGGUUCCAGCUGUUGCAGCCCCUCCUGCUGCAGCUCCUGCUGCCCCUGCACCAGCUGCUGCCUGCGUCCGGUCUGUGGCCAAGUCUCCUGCCACACCAACUGCUAUCGUCCAACCUGUGUCAUCUCCACCUGCCCCCGCCCCAUGUGCUGUGCUUCCCCUGACUGCUGA